GGCAGUCUGACUGCAAGAAGAGGCAUUUCAGUCUCUGGAAGAUCUCCAGCUGCAGGUGGAGGGCAGGAUGUGGCUGCUGGUCCUACAGCUGCUUGGUGCUGGUUUCUACCUGCAGGUGGCGACAUGCUAUCGAUCAUGCAUUCUGAACGGACAGAGGGCUCUCUGCAGUGGACAGUGGUUCUACCAGGUUCCUGCUCUGCCUCCCAAUAUCACCCACCUCUUUCUGGACCGGAACUACAUCAGGGAGCUCAGCAGCGCCUCUCUCGAGGACUUUGCUGAACUGCAAGACCUGGAUCUGGGAAAUCAGAAAGUGAAGCUGGUCAUAAGGAACAACGGUUUCCUCCAGCAGAGAAACAUGACACGCUUGGUCCUCGGCUUUAAUAUCGGCCUUCAGCUGGAGCCAAGAGCAUUCGCAGGACUGGACAACUUACAAUCCCUGUUUCUGGAUCAUUGCAGGCUGACAGACGCCAUCCUGACCAACAGCUUCCUGCAGCCACUUCGGUUCUUGGAAACGCUGGAUCUGUUUGGGAAUCGCAUCAUGAGACUCCAGCCGGACGGCUGGUGUUUGGAGGCGUUCUCUCUGGCUCAGGGCCGGAUGCUGGAGGAGCUGAAGAACAUCCUGAUCAUGGUGGUGGUCGGGAAGGUGACCCACUACCAGCUGAUGAAGGUCAACGCCAUCAGAGCGUUUGUGAAGAGGAGGGACUACCUGGUCUGGCCAGAGGACCCUCAGGACCUGGACUGGUUUUAUGAGCGACUCUUCUCACAGAUACUCAAAGACAUCAAGGUGAAAGAGUUUGAGGAGGACAAGCCUGAGCCAGAGGUAGAAUUAGAUGUGGAGGACGGGAUGGAGCUGGAAAACAUGGGAGCAGUUGCCAUGUAGAUGCUUCCUGUGUUAAAGACACCUGCAGUCAUGAGAACAAGGAAGAGGUUGACUUUUUAUCGUAUCUGAAGAUAGUUUUUGAAACAGUGCAGACAGAUAACGGUGAUAUGAUAAAGAAACAACAUGAAUUAGAGAUUUUAUAAUCCUUUUUAAAAUUUAGACAGAAUAGCAGCAAUUAUUACCAUCAGAAAGUACUGGUCCUGACAUUAAUUAGAACCUCCUGAGAAACAACAGGUGGAACCUCUUUUAGUUAAACCUCUAAAACUCACAACACUGUGAUAUCUGGAUGGAUGGAUGGAUGGAUGGAUGGAUGGAUGGAUGGAUGGAUUGAUAGAUGGAUUGAUGGAUAGAUAGAUAGAUAGAUAGAUAGAUAGAUAGAUAGAUAGAUAGAUAGAUAGAUAGAUAGAUAGAUAGAUAGAUAGAUAGAUAGAUAGACACUUUAUUAAUCCUGAGGGAAAUUCCAGAUCAUGAUGCCAACAUCUAUAGAGAUCUCUGAGGCCUUCAGAGAAAAGAUGGUAGAUGUUCGAGUCGAGAAACUUUUUUAAAAUAACUAUUUGAAAUAAAAUCAUCCACAAGUUUGUCUACAACUGACCACCUAAAAGUAGUUUUAGAUGCAAAAAGAAAUCUCCAAGAAGCCCAGACCUUUACAGAGGAUCUGCAGAUAACUCUUCAAACCGUUGGAGUUUCUACCAUCAGUAGUGAUCUGGGUGGGAGGAGGUCUGGAAAAAGCUUCUGCCAUUGAAAAAGAACAUUAGAGCCAAACUAGUUCACCAGCGAAGCUUCAGGCAAAGAGCCGACCUUCAGGAAUAAUGGCCUCCAGACACAAAUAAAUCAAAGAUACAUAGAUGUUUGGACUCAGUAACAGCAGACGUGUUCAGUGCAGCGUUUCAGGAGGAGAACCUCAUAUUAACCGUGAAGCAUGAAGGUGGAGAUGUUUGAAGUCCCUUCUCUGCUUCAGGAACCAAGCAGGUCUGAUUCAGUGAACUGUGCUGCUUGGAGGUAACAUGAGGCCACCUGAAGCAGAAGUUCAUCCUAAGCACACAAGAAGAUCCACCAAGCAACUCAGAAACAAGAAAUGGAAAGUUAAGGACCCAACACGUCGAACUUAAAUGUUGUUGAAACAGGAAGAAACAUGCAAGAAAACCUUGAAACAUCUAAAAACUAAGAGGAUUUUACAUUAAAGAAUUUCACCAAGACUGUUGGAAAAUUAUGCAAAAUGUCUUACAGGAAGUUAUUUCUGCUUCAGCUUCUGAUCUGUUCUUACUUUUCACAAUAGAAAAUCACAUCUAUGGAUAUUUUUAUGAAGCGAAUGACUGCUAAUGCAUAAAUAUUUCAAUACCAAAUGUAUUCAGACAUCAUGAAAUUAAUAAAAGUUAUCUUUGGCCUCUACAAUUACAAGAGGUGCUCAAAGUGGAGGCCACUGGCUUCCAGACAUUUCUGUUGUGUUGUAGACGUCACUUGUUGAUGCUCCAUUCAUGAGGGUAGCGCCAUCUGUUGGGAAAACAUCGUACAACAGGACACAGAGUUAUUGUGAUUUGAUCAAACUUAGAAAGAGGAAUCUAUAUGUAUAGAAGUACUUAUACAAAUGAAAUAUUUAUAAAAGUUUUUCUUUUCCUGAUGUGUGUAAACAUUAUUUUGGCUGAUUCUGACUCUGUGAACUUAAUGAGAACAAAACUGUCAUUUAAUUGUUGCUCUGAAAGCUUCUUUAGUGAAAACCGGCUGGUGUUCUGCUUUGAAACAAACUACUGUUGAGGUCUGUGUUUUUAGGUUUAACCCCACAGUUUCUGAAUGAAUGGUCUACAUUUAAGGUGGAAUACUCCUUUACACCAAGAUUUUUCAGUCCACAUUGAAGGAUUUUAGGUGGAAUAUUCCUUUGAAUGAACUUUUUAAGUUUCUUUUCAAGGAUGUUGAGUGGAAUAUACCAUCAGACCAACCUCCAAGGUCUACAGCAGUGAAUUUUAGGUGGAAUAUACCAUUAAACUCACCUUUUAGGUCUACAUUGGAGGAUUUUAGGUGGAAUUUUCUUCCAAACCGUCUUUUAGUCUACAUUUAAGGAUGUUUAGGAUGGUAUAUUCUUCCAAACCAACUUUUCACGUCUACAUUUCAGGUGGAAUAUUCCUCCAUACUAACUUUUUUGGUCUACAUUAAAGGAUUUUUUCUAAACCACCCUUUGGGGUCUAUAUUUGAGGUUUUAGGUGGAAUAUUCCUCCAUACUAAGUUUUUUGGUCUACAUUGAAGGAUUUUUUCGAAACCACCCUUUGGGGUCUAUAUUUGAGGUUUUAGGUGGAAUAUUCCUCUUAACCAGCCCCUCAGGUCUCUGAGGAUUUUGGAUGGAAUACUCGGUCAAAGCAACAUUUUAGGUGCAUGUCUAAGGAUUUUUGGUUCUUUAAGGUGGAUGUGUGAGGACCUUAUGGUGGAAUACUUCCUGAAACCAACAUUUUAGGUCAACAGUCAAAGAUUUAAGGUGGAAUAUUCCUUUAAACCAACCUAAAUUUCAUGUUUUGAUCAUUAUCAAGUGAGAAACCUCAAUCCAGAUUCCUCAUAACGACGUUUGAGAUUUAUGCUGCUGUUUAUUUGUUUAGUCCAGACUAAAUGACAGAAAUCCACAACUGUAAUUUUAUUUCAGGACUCGGUUAUUAAAUGUCAAAACAAUCCAUGUGACUCUGAAAACUCAACAGCUUUACAAACUCUAAGAUUAAACUCUCCACAAGGAUCCAAAAUAAGUUGGACUUCUACAUGAGAGCUUUAAUUAUUCUUCAUCUACUUCCUGAAAAGUUUGGUCACUAAAAAAGACAAAAACUAAUAUUUUCAGCUGAACUAAAGACAGACUUUGUGAUUUUUCUGCUCACAUGUUGUGUUGUUGUAAACUUCCUCUUUCAAAUAAAUAUCCUCCUAACCCCCUGGAAA